AUGGAUGCUUUACACCAUCCAUUGGACCACAAUACCGCCUCUCCCCAAUCCUACCUAUUUACUGACUGGGAGAUUGAAAAAAAUCACGUAUGUCCAGGACCUCUCUUAUACGAUAAAGGAUUUCUUAGAGACACACUCUGGUACAGGAAGGCCCCCGAAGAACGCCUGGAAAUGGUGCAUAAAGAGGGAGCUCUAUGUAAUAAACAACGGGGGAGGGGACUUUACUGCAUUCCGAUAAAGGAAGCGACCAGUUCCUUUGAUUUACGAAAAUUGUAUUUAAAUAAGCCGAUGGAUAAAUAUAACAUAGGACCCCGAGCGCCAUAUUGGUACCACCUGCAGCUUCUAUUUCCAGUCUGCAUUACCUUCUCAAAGGGAGACAUUCUUCAGGUUUAUAGUUUCCUUCCGACAGUGGACCGGAAGUCCCCUAAUUACCUCCGCAAACAGGAAGGAAAUCCUCGGAGGGCCCCUCAGCUCCUGAGGAGCCUGGAACUCCAAGAUAAGGAAGCCAUCGAUUGGACUAACCGUGGUUUACGGCGGUCCAGGUGCGCCCCCAAACAAAAAUUACUCACAUAA